CAGAAAAGUAGAAAAGUUGUUCCGUUGAUACAUCUCACGUAUCUCAAGUAAAAAUAUAUUGUCGAACAAGAAUAAUCUAUAGUUUCUAAAAAGCACAAGCGAACAGACGUGCUCGUAUAAAUUAAUACACAAUUUCUUCGCCAUCAACCAAGUUCUUUUAACCGGUGGUGUGAACACUGAACACAGACACACCAAAGCAAAACUGUUUUUUUUGUGCCCCUCCGAGGAAAACCAAACGAAAGAAAGGAGAAAAAGUGCCGCGGCUAGCAAAAGAGCCAAGAGAAAAAGUGAAAACUAAGCAAAGACUAAGAAAUAGAGAAAGAAAAAUGGCAAGUGCAGAGCAAAAACACGCCACGGGCAGCAACGGCACAGCCAAGAACACCAACAACAAAAUCAACAGCGCUCUCUCCGAGCAGGAGCAGCCCAAGGAUGCCAAGGAUCUAUUGCCUCAUCUGGAGUCACUGGAGCGCAUUAUCAAGUUGCCGGUGGUGAAUGCAGCCUGGGACAAAUCGCAGGAUGUCUACGGCAAAGUUAAAGGCAAGAAUCGCGUCUUCGAAUGGGCGCUGACGGCAGCCGAGGAUUGCGUGACCCGGGCGGUGACAACGGCGGCGCCGUUUGUGACUAAAUUGGAUCGCCCGAUCUCGUUCGUGGACCAGACCCUCGUCAAGGGCAUCGAUAAGCUGGAGGUGAAGGCGCCCAUAAUCAAGGACACACCCCAAGAGAUCUACAACCAGGCCAAGAGCAAGGUGAUCGAUGUGGUGCAGCCGCACCUGGAGCGCGUGGUCAAGUUCAAGGCUGCCGGCCAACAAAAGGCCGCCUCCCUCAAGGAUCUCGCCUGGCAGAAGGCCAACGAGGUGCUGGCCACCCAGUACGGCAGCCUGGCCGUCAAUGGUGUGGACACCACCACAGCCCUGGCCGAGCGACUCCUUGAGUACUAUUUCCCCAAGAGCGAGUCGGAUGUCGAAGAGGAUAAUGAUGAUAAACAAAAUGCCGUCGCGCAUAAUGGCAAGAGUUCCGAAAAUGACAUGCCAGUUUCCGCCAGCGAGGAUCCAGUCUUACACACAGUCCAGACCGUUGGCCGACUAUCCAACAAGAUCUCUCGUCGCGUCUAUCGAAAUGUCUCCAGACAGAUCAAGCAGGUCCAAAAGGGCAACAUCAACGACUAUCUGAGCUCCCUGAUAGCCGCACUCAAGCUGCAUCAGUACAUCAACUUUAUCAACUCAUCGAUGGGCACAAAUGUCGAGCAGUCGACACUUGGGGAAACCUGUUCGCCGUAUGGAACAAGCAGCAGCAGCACCGCCACCGCCACCGCCACCACCACUGCUGCAGCUGCAACCAGCUCGAACUCCAAGACCAGCAAACCAAGACAGAGCAAACCAUCUUCCACCCAGCCGAUUCAGUAAGGAUUCUGUUGGAGAAGGAAGCAAAGUUACUCCGGACGGAUACCACUUGCUGGAGCCCAGUUAUUUCUAUAUCUAUAUGCUAGAUAUUUGCAUACAAUUAUCCCACAGCCACGCCCACGCCCCACACCCCACACCCAUUUUUGUAUUUCUUUUAAUCUUUUUUUUUGCCAAUUUUUUUUCCUAAUUAAAAACUGUCCAAGAAAUAUGUGGAUGGUGAUCAGAUCAAGGAAGUGGAAAAGGUUUUUGCUAACUAAUUUUAGACUGUUAUAACAAACCCCACCCCACCCCGCCAAUGUUUGCUUUGUAAAUAUUUAUUUGAAGUAACCCUCACACACACACACACACACACACACACACACAAACACACACAUGCUCUAUAUAAAGAUUAAGUUUUAGUUCUUAAGGCAAGAGAGAAGACAACGAAAGAAAUUCUUACACAUUUUGUUGUAUUUAUUUUCCACUUUUAGCUGUGCUAAAUUCGAGAAGGUAAAUACUCGCUCCAAGUGCCACGUAUGCAUUGAAUAAAUAAUAAAUGAUAAAUGAUGCACCCAUGUGCACCUACAUAUGCCUAUCCGAUAGCCAUUUGUGCCCUAGCUAUACACGUACUCGUAAUAACUAAUUCUACUUUUAUUUAACUUGGCUGGGCACCCAGCCAGCCGAUGCCUAAUUAUAAAUGAAUAUGGAUUAUGCACAUUACGCACAUAUUAUUUUGUAGCCAUGUAUGGAGAAUGUAGCCAUAAAGUCGGCUCUUAAUAAUUAUGAUAAUUAUAAUGUUAAAAAAUAUUAAUAAAACAAGCAACGUAAAACUGGAACGAA